UGUGGGUGAGACGGAAGGAGGCAGCAUCUUGGCAGGCAGGAAGUGAGUGGGAAAGAAGAAAGAUCUGCCUGACUGUGAGCACUAGAUUGCUGUCUGCCUGCUGAAUUGCCCACAAAUGUCCUUCUCUUUGACUUUUUGAAUGCUUUCAUUUGCCAUACAGAAGACUGGGCUAGAAAACUCUUUCAGCUGUCUUCAUGCCUUUCCACAAACUUUUCUCUUUAGUGCUGCCAACAAAAAGGCUUCAGGUACCUGGACUGAAUCCCCAGUUUAUUUUUUUCCUGUAUUUUCUCACAGUGUGCUGUCUUCCAUGUGCAUUUGUUAAAUUUCCCCCUAACUCAGACAGUAAAAUGAAAUCUGCACCUUUUGUUCAUUUGUUAAAGAAAAGAUCUACACAUUUUCUGCGGCAUGGAUUUGCAGUAUGUGAACUUCCUCUUUAUGAAAUAUGUUCCCAAAAUGUAUCAAGAGUCCAGUGUUCAGUAUUAGGAUGUUGCUUCCAUAAACAAAUUUGCUACAGGAAAGCGGUGCCAUCAUACAUGCAAGUGUUCAUCAUCUUGAUACUACUCAUCAUGGGAUCCUUCAUUUUAUUUGUAUUCCACAGAAAGGGCAUUAAGAGAAUUUUCAACACAGCCGUCACCUCAUCAAAAGCUUUACCCGGAAACAAUGACUUGCUCAGGACCCCAGAGGGAGUUGUUUCUGAGGAAGAAUUAGGCUUCCUGGUAGAGAAGAGGAGAAGAAAGAACAUGAGUCGACAGAAAAAUACCCCAGAACUGUAUCCCACUGCUACUGAUUUUAAUGAAGAAGACAAAGAGCAACUACAUGAAAAAAAAAUUAGCUCUGCUGAUUCAAAAAGUGAAAGUCAAAAUGCUGGUGAAGAUGAAUGAAAGAUGGUACUGGAAGAACUGGAAUAAGAAAAAAAAGAUCCAGUGGUAAUAUGGAAUUGUGGUAUUGUACAUUCCUCCAUUUUGCGCAGUGCAUCUUAUUGUAUAACACUCAUUAGAGCCCUCAAAAAAUAUUCUUUACAACAAUACAUUUUCUUUAAUGUUUCAUUAUAUACUUUAUUUGACAUGUUGUAACUGGCAAUAGAGGAGGAAGACUUUUGGAAAGUAUUUCUUGGUCAAUUAGGAGUAAGUCCCUGUAUGAAAGAGUUUAAACAGGAGCGGCGCCAGAAGCGGCGCUGCCGAAGAAGGACCCUCCGCCGAAAUGCUGCAGGCGACAGCGGCAGUCAUUGAGCUGCUCAAUUGCCUGCCACUGUUUUCCACGGCACGUCGGCAUAAGGUCCUUCUUCAGCAGCACGACAGGAGCGGAACCGGAAGCUCCCGUGAGCCCUGUGGGGAGCGCACAAAAUGCCGCCCCCCGAAUCCUGGCGCCCUAGGCAACCUCCUAGGGUCGCCUAAUGGAAGCACCGGCCCUGAGUUUAAAGCAAAACUUCCCAAAUUGGUUGUCAUUGUGUGUUGACUUCAGAGGGGUUUGGACCAGGCCCUUAACUAGGAGCUAUUGGGCUCAGCGGUGUCAGAUGCCCACUAGAACCUGCACUUUACUGUUACAAUAUUAGACCAAUUUCUCUGUGGUCUGGGGGGCACUGUGACUCUGGCCUGAUUUUACUACAAAAAUCAUCCUUUUAAGUAUUCCUGGAACACAUGUGUAGAGAGAGAAA